AUGAGUGAGAACGCGGCAAUGGCCUGUAAAGGCCAUUGUUUCAUCGAGCAACUCCCAGUCGAGUUGAUGCUGGAAAUAUUUUCCUACCUAGGUCAGAAACGCCGGGAACGUCAGCCUCUUACGCUCGUCAACCAUUACUGGAAGGGCCUUAUAGACCCAAUCAUUUGGCGGGACCUUAGAAUCAAGAUUACGCGUCCACAUACACUCGAUCAAUCGCUUCGGGUUGCCCUAGAGCGCAACAGCGAUCUUUGGAUGUUGUGGAUCCAAUCCGGAUAUUUGAAAAAAAUGAGAGUGCUGCAGUUGAAAAGAGCAAGUUCAAUUUGGGUUCUUCGACAUGUUUCUACAAUCGCUAGCGUCUGGCCUUUUCUGGACAACCUGGAAUACCUAGAAGUAAGAGUCUUUCAAGACGUGGAUCAGGAACAGUUUCUUAUCACUCCAACACUUAGCCUUCCGAAGCUCAAAACCUUGGAUCUAUCUAUUGGCAUUUUGGCUAGGAGUUAUGGUUAUGUAGAAGACCUGGAACCAUGGAAGACCUGCCGAGAACUGAUAAAACUUGCUCCAAAUCUGGAGAAUCUCAAGAUCGAAAUCAACGGUUCACGGCCCCCUAUCGAUUGUUGGUUCAAUUCUUCAAGUUCGAUUGCUGUUGCAAGAAGCCUCACUCGAUUAACACUGUCUAGGAUGAGUAUAGGAGAUGCGGCAUCGGAAAUCUUCAAGUCUAUCAAUUUUUUGAAUCUGCAAGCAUUAUGUGUAGAUGAAUGUUACGAUUUACACCCGUUUCUUAGUGCCAUCACCGAGCAUUUCAGAUACCAGCCAACUAAGCUACGAGAGUUUAUCUUUCGAGAUGCUGAUGUUGAAGAAUUCCGCAACCCACGUGUUGACCUCCCCUGCAACGUUAGGAUGAUCGAAGAGCUGCUCCGCUCAUUUUCUGGUCUACGUAUAUUCAAAUUCGUGUUUAGAUUCAGAGGAGAAUUCGAUCUUGGGUGCUUGGAACACCAUAGUUCGACUCUGCAACAACUCUGGCUGCGGAAUUUCGAGCAUCCCAUUUGCAGUCCGACAAGACUUCGUGGGUUUCUUCGCUCUUGCCAUGCUUUGCAAGACCUGUCUUUCAAUCUAGUUCGUUGUUUAAGACUGCACGAUUAUCACCUCUUUGGGUUCCUGGCCCGUCAUAUUUUAGAAGAAGACCUGAAGGAGCUAAUGAACGAAAUAGCAACCAUAAAAUCCCUACGUACUAUUUACAUCUUUGAUUUUGCAACACUUUGCCGAGGGCUAAGGGUAUUCGCGCAGAAUGACGAAUCAUGCCAACCAAUCAUGGACGAGUAUGCAACCAAAUUUCUGGAGCAUCUAGUAGCACGGGGGUCUCAAAUCGAUAUGCUCGCUUUCAGGAAGAAUCCAUUCAAGUUCGGGUACGGACACCAGACUUCUCAAUACAAGAAGCGACGGACUGCCCGUGGUGCGGUGAUGAUAGACGUGGAAACUGUAGUAGGACAUGUACCAUGGUCAGAUUUUGAACGAUGUUAAGACUGCGACAAUUCGGAGGAAUGGAGAAAUUUUGUUCUCGACGUUACGUCCAGCUCGCAGAAGCGCAACGAAGGCAGACGCUGCUAUUAUGGCAAUAGGCAUACCUACCUCGUGUUUCCCUGUCCAUGCAUGCAGAAAGUCUUUGUGACCGAAGACAAUCUUUCAUGUAUCCCUUCCAUGUAAUCAAAUCGUCACCUACCCCCUCGCUGCAAUCAAUACAUCGCAUAAACCCUUUCACUGCACGCAAAUCGGCAUGUUCCGCCUUUUUCUACUUCCAAAAUCAUCACACACCCCUUCCCUACAAUCAUUCCAUCAUGUACAAUAAACACUUAGACUAAUAGAAUAUACCUACCCCCAAAAAUCCUCCUCAAACUUCGAAUCUCGAACUCAAAGAUUGCUAAUCCAUGAAGUUACCUACCUCCCAUCCCCUGCGUACUUCAAUAGAUCUCUCUUUUCUCAGAUCCCUUAAUUGC